UUCCCAGAACCCCUCACAGCCCACAAGGACGCCUGUGCACUUCCCAUUGCUCCCUCCCACUGCCAGCCAAGUUUCAGCCUCACAAGACUCCGGCCCCGCACCCAGAGAUUUCCCCGUGCUCACUGUCUCACGGUUGGUCUGCCUCCGUCUGCCGUCCAUGGCAUCCCAAGCAGCUGCAAUACUGGCCUUCAGCCUGCUGAUUCUCUGGACCUCCCCGGCUCUGGGUGGUGCCAACGACGCUGAAGACUGCUGCCUGUCUGUAAACCAGCGCCCCAUCCCAGGGAACAUCGUCAGAGCCUUUCGCCACCUCCUCAUCAAGGACGGCUGUAGAGUGCCUGCCGUUGUGUUCACCACACUGAGGGGUCACCAGCUCUGUGCACCUCCAGACCAGCCCUGGGUGGACCGCAUCAUCCGGAGACUGCAGAAGAACUCUGCAAAGAACAAGCGCCACGGCAGUUAGCCCCUGACAGCCCCGGAGGGAGCCCUGCAUCUGAGUGAAGGGAUGUGACUCACUGCAGCCCUGGGGAACCAAGGAUCAGAAGGGAGGACCAGAAAACAAAUAAACAAACAAAAAAAAAGGGAGGACCAGGCCUCCAGUGGCUCUGCACCAGAACUGACUCCAGCCGGGACAGGGCCUGGAGCGUCAGUGUGAGUGUGAGUGUGAGCAGGGGUGAGUGUGGCGUAGCAGGAGUGCAGCUUCUCCUCCACACCCAGACCACAGUGCUUCCAAUAAAGCCCAACUGGUACCCACGGA